CGUCUAUGGUUAAAGCAUUUCGCGCUUAAAUUUUUUUACGGCGUCGCGUCGGUCAGUUUGAUAUUUGAGUAAAAUCGAAAUGUUUUACAAUAAAGACGUUAUGAACAGUAAAAAGUUUGCUAACUUGUGGAAAUUAGCCCACGGGCUCAACGUUUCAGAUGAAGAACUCGAAAAAGGAAAUCUAACUGAUAUUUGUGAAGAGCUGGACUCCAAGAUAAAGAGUGAAUCAAAUAAUCCUCAUAGAAGACUGUCAUUGAGAACGUCAGCCCAUCUCCUCGCAGGGAGCGCUAAUAUGUACAAACGUAAAGUUGAUCAGUUGUUUGAAGAUAUGAACAAACUUAAUGAAGAUCUCACAUGGCGUCGUAAGAGAACAUACAAUUCGAGUAGCUCGGAAAGCACCAGUUCUUCAAAAUCGGUAACAGUGCCUGAACAAAUGAAACGAGCAAAUACCAUCAUACCAAGUUUUGGCAGCUUGGAAGGUUCUUCAGAAUCUGUAGAUGUUCCUGAAGAAAUGAGACGAGCUACAACUACCGAAUUUGACACCUCAUUUUCACCAGCAAAGAAAAAGAAAUUUGAUAAGUUAAGUAAACGUAAUACACCAGAAAAUAUUACUAGGAGCAAAACGUCAACAGAUAUUUCGUCAGCGGAUAGAGGAACCGGUGAAGAAUUUCAAGAAAAUAGUGAAGCUUCUAGCUCCAAUGAUAUUCAUCUUUCGGAACCUGAAAAUGUUGAGAGACCUGAAAGGAGACGCGAACUUAAUGUUGAUAAUAUCGUGGAAGAAUCAACACAAAUGCGAAGUCCUACGAUGAUUGACAAGGGAACUCAAACUGCUACCACAUUAGUCCCUGGAAGAACCUCAAAUAGAACUAGUUUUUCAGCUGACGGGUUUAGACAAAACCUACCUUUUGCUUACAUCGUAAUACACGAUAAUAUAGCGGACAGAGUUCCCAGUAAAAUCAUUAUUUCUUCAAUUAGUUACAAUUUGAACUCCAACCAUUAAUUCAUCUGUAAAAAAAUAAGUUUAAUAAAUCAGUUUUAUGAUCAGAUUUGCGAAAUUAUAUGCAUUUUGUUUUGGAAUAAUUCU